AGAAAAUCGACGGUUUAUAUGUUGUUGGUGCACAGUCAGUAGGAUACGAGUGCGUCGCAUAGUAAUUUUCUCUUUUUAUAAUAUUUUAUAUUAUUUAUAAUUUUCAGAGAUGAAAAUAGGUUGCUAAUGUGAGCGGUAAGUGAAAGUUUGGCGGGAAACACAUUAAACCAUUUUCUUACUUCGUUAUACGAUCUGAAAUUGGAAUCCAAUUUUUUUUUCUAAAAACCCUAAAAAGUAGUAGGUUGAAGAAGAAGUUGGAGGAGAGAGAAAAGCUUCAAAUGGAUCGAUAUGUUGUGCCAAUUGAAUCUUCUACAAACCCUAAGUCAAUUAGAAGGCCUCGUUGGAAGAGGACUGCAAUUGAAUUGAAUGGCUGUAUUGAAUCUAAAUACAAGCGCGUAAUGUGUGGAUUAUUGGUUCAAUCUUACUCUCAGAUUGGCGUGUUUCCUCAUCUGUAUCAUAUUGAUGGACGUCCUUGUCAAACUCAUAUGAAUCGAGUAAUGUCGUUUGCUGGCUUGGAUCAUCAAGGGUCCUUUAGAAGGCAUGGUGUAUCUGCAUUAGAGUUUGAUAAUCAGGGGAUAUACUUAGCUUCAGUGACAAAAUCUGGCUGUUUGAUGGUGCACGACUUUGAAUCUCUUUACUGCCAAAGUAAUGUGACAUCACCAUGGUGGAAGGAGGAUGAAACAAAGCAUCUUUUGCACAUAUCUACAAGUAGGCAUCUUGAUUCUGUUAGAUGGAAUCCUGCUAACCAAGAUGAGGUUGCUUGCACAUCACUGAAGAGCUGUGAAGUAUUAAUAUAUGACAUUGGUUAUGUCUCUUCCGACCCUGUUGAAAUUCUGACAAAGAGGGCUUCUGUCACUAUCCAUGGUUCUGAUAUCGUGACGGGUUUGUCAGAUAUAGCUUUUACAUCAGAUGAUUCCAGAGUAUUUGCUUCGGAUACUUAUGGUUCAAUCAAUAUAUGGGAUAGAAGAAGAGGUAGUUUUCCAUCUGUUGAGCUGACAACCAAUUCCCACAAUGCUCUGAACAGUAUACAAUUGAAUGUCGAAAAUCAGAUUGUUUAUGGAGCUGGUAAGCAGGGCAUGAUAUAUAUGUGGGAUCUUCGUGGUGGAAGAACAUCAGCAGCUUUCCAGAGUCAUAAAGAGGCAUAUCAUCCACCUAUGGCAUCAGUGAAGGUCUCAUCAUUGCUAGAGAAAAUUAAGUCAUUAAAGGCGCAAUCGCAUAUUGUUCCCAAGGAUAUACACUCGAUCAAUUUGGAUCCCACUUCUUCUUAUCGUUUGGCAUUCCACCUUGAUGAUGGAUGGUCGGGCAUUCUUGACCUACAUACAUUAGAAGUGACACAUAUCCAUUGCCCUCCACCAGCCUGGUUGACUGGCUCAGACAUAACCAAUUUAUCGUACUUCAUAAAACCAUCCUGGCUAUCCACAAAUUCAAUAUAUGCAGUUGGGUCUGCAUCAGAUAAAGGACUACACCUUCUAGACUUCUUUCCUGAUCCUAGUUCUCCCUGCCAUGUGGACUGCAGUGAGGAAAUGGUGAAUAGUUCCAGGCAAAACGGUUUUAUUCCUCUGUCAGAAGAUGUUUCUGCUUGUGCUACACAUCCACAAAAUGGUUUCAUUGUAGCUGGCACCAAGCAAGCAUCUUUGCUUAUGAUUGGCCAAAGAAAGAAGAGCUUACAUGGGGACGAAGGUCCUUGAAACAAUUGAACCUUGUGGAAAUGAUAUAAGACGGACUGUCAAGACCUCAAGCAGCAGAUCCUUGCCAUGAUCAACAGCCAUGAUGCUUUCGAAUUUCCGAAAGUCACCUCCUUUGAAAGUGUAAAAUGAGCAUGUCAUUCAAGGGUUGAAGUCAGUUGGAGUUCUGGGAAGAAUUAUCAGCUUCUAUUGCCAAAGAAAGUGCAAAAUACAAGACUUGAUUCAUAACUUUGGAUGGUGAAUUCAUCUUCUGCUUCUUCAUCAUUUGUCCUCCACGUCAUUCAUCAUGUAUAUUUGGAAUUGUAUCAAUCUAACAAAACUUUGUUGUAAUGGCCACAAUAGGUUUAUGCUUUAGGAAAAUAUAACACGGUUCAAUUGCACAAGUAGUUGCAACUUGCAAGAUAGUGUAACAUUGUUGGCAAAGAAAAAGAUGCAAGAUAGUGUAAUAUUGUUGGCAAGUAAAAUAUAACAUGGUUUCAUUGCACAAGUAGCAUAAAAGAUGCAUGUACAUAGGGAAUAAUGAGAGUUCAAGUAGUGUUGCCUAUUCAAUAAUAACAAAAGGAUCAAAUAGAAUUAUUGGUAUUAUAUUUUUUUUUUGAUUAAAAUUAUAUUGCCAUAUUGGUAGUAUGAUUGUUCAUCAAUCAUCAUUUAUUUUGUAUAUUUAAAAAAACAAAAAAAAUUACCAUUAGUCUGGUGUGCACUAUAGUUAAGGAUUGUAGUGACGGUGCUAGAAAUUUCAAAUCGGGAAGACAAAUGUAUGUCGCAUAGUUUGACAUAUAUGUUGGAAAAAAGUUCAAUACUUGACCACAUAGUUCUUUAAAUCCAAUGUACUUUAAAAAAAAAUCUACAUCAUAUACAAAUUAUUCCUCUGCAUGUAGAGGGUUCAAUCUCACAUUGACAAGCUUAACUUGUGGGGGCUUUACCACUGAUCUAGAUUUUUUUUUUUUAAAAUUCAAAUGAGGUUACAGACACCAUUAAUAAGAGAAAAAAUAAACCAAGAAAAAAUGAAACAACAAACAACUAAAAAACUACUUAUGGAGGAACAAGUCGUCCUCUCACAUGCUCCUCUAAAAUACGACUAAGAUCAUCUAGAUUAUUGUACAUACUAUUGAGCAUGAAAUAACAAUUUUCUGAUAUCAAGUUGAUUUUUUUUUAAAGUGGGGGGUUAGCAUCCCCUCUUGUCCCGGGCUAGCUCCGCCCAUGAGAAUAUGUGCUUGUUUGAUUGGGAAAAUAGGCAAUCAUAGGAAUUUGCAAAUAAGCUAUUGUUUGAUUCCUAGAAAUUCAACAUCUUUGUUAAAUUAACAAUUUGAUUCAAUUGUCACUCAAAAUAAAGUUAAAAAAAAAAAGGAAAAUCAUAUAAAUAAAAGAAAAAUCACCCACCAUGUUACCCAAACUCAAAUAAAGAGUUGUGAGCCGAGCCCAAGUUACCCCAAGCUCGGUCUCUACUCGACUUGUUAUCACCCCUACAAGGCUACAAUAGCAUAAUAUAGUUACUGAGGUAGCACCGUAAGUUGUAAAUAACUCUGUAAAUUGAGCGGUUCAGUCUCGCUGUUUUCUCCCAAUUCCCGCCAAGGUUUUUCAGAAUUGGAACUGGAUAUCAGCUAAAUCAUAUGAGCUAUAUAGUGUUUGGAGGAUGUCAUUCCCAAGUACCCUGGGUUUUAUAAUUGCUAUCAACGGAAAUGAUUCUGUGCAUCUACCGAAAGGACUACUGCUCGAAUAUGUUAUUCCAUCUUAUGUUAAUUUUUCUGCCUUUUUGGUUGUGCUUGUUAUGUCUGAAUUUCUGUAAAAUCUUCCUUUUGGUUUUCCAGGUUCUGAAUAAAGCUGUCGAGUCAAGAAAAGAGGUAGAAAUGGAGUUGAAUCUAACUUUGGUGUAGGAUAAUAAUGUGCGCCUUGUUAGCCAUGUGGUGUAAACUAAGCAUUCCCUUGAUCUGAAGGGGCUGUGCUCUGUGUACUAUCAGGGGACAAGUGUGCGAAGAAAUAUAGCGAGCUUGGUGAUUGAUAUUCUAGAAACUAUGUGCUAUCAUGUCAAAUUGUUACUUCUCUUCUCCAUUUAUUGGACAAGCUAUAAGGAAGGGGAUAAGGGGGUAGGUAGACCCUCUAAGGGGAGUAAUUCACUCUUGCCAGGCAGCCAUAGGUUGGAAUCGUUGAAGGGGAGCUUAGGUGCUGCCCAGAUUAUUGUGUGACCACUGUGACAUUGUUAUAUAUCAAGAGACUUUACUUCACUACAACCAAAAGUUUCGUAGUGAAUACAAAUCUAUGUCAAUGGUGUGAGUUGUGGAAAGGCUAGACCUGGGUUCUAUUCUAAUUGCUGGUGUGUGUGUGUGUGUGGGUGGUGCUUAAUCGCAUAGUUUCCUAGCCCUAGGGGUUGAAUGAAUCUAGUUAUUUAUACACUAGCAGAUAUGUUUGUAAAGAUUAAAUCCCUUGUUUCAUUAGACAUGCAUUUAAAGUUAAAGCCUCAAAUUAAAGAGUUUC